CAGCCGUAGACCGCUACGCUCGUAGCACCUCUACGAACAACUUACUAUCGCGGUAUAUUAUAUUAAAGUGUGUUUUGUGAAGUGCUUACAAACUUAGGGCAUUACAAAUCGCUAAAAUGUCGCUAGUUCCACCUGGAGGUACGGACUCCCCAAGUCCACGUCGUGCGGUCAGCCCACUCUUGGAGUCCCGAAGACCACACUGUACCCUCGCGUGUGACUACUGCGCAGCUAUACUGGAAGAUAAAUUCAGACGUAACGCAGAUAUGCGCAACAGAGGCACUUCACCACUAUCAGUGUCACCAAGACAGUCGCUAACAGGUGAACCACCCUGGACUCUGCCAGAUGACGACCGCCCCGAUUUCUCCGCGCUUAAAGAAAACAUUCAUAGGAUCAAUAAGGACUGCGAAACCUCGACACGGCUGGAUACUUUGUUGACACAAGUUGAACAAUAUGCAAACAAUUUAGAGGCACUAGUGGAAGAAAGAACAUCGGAUUAUUUAGAGGAAAAGAGGAAAUGUGAGGAGUUACUUUACCAGUUACUACCUAAGUCAGUUGCGUCACAGUUAAUAAUGGGUCAACCAGUAAUGGCGGAGACGUAUGAUCAAGUGACAAUAUACUUCAGCGACAUCAUUGGCUUCACACAAUUAUCGGCGGAGUCGACGCCACUUGAAGUUGUGGACCUACUUAACGAUCUAUAUACUAGCUUCGAUUCAAUCAUCGAGAACUUUGACGUCUAUAAAGUUGAAACAAUUGGCGAUGCCUACAUGGUAGUUUCCGGUCUGCCUAUGCGCAAUGGUAACAGACAUGCAGCAGAAAUAGCAAGAAUGUCCUUAGCACUUCUGAAUGCAGUCAGGGUAAAAACCGUACCACAUCGACGUGGCGAAAGAUUGCUUUUGAGGAUCGGAAUGCAUACAGGACCUUGUGUUGCCGGAGUUGUGGGUUUAAAGAUGCCAAGAUACUGCCUAUUUGGAGACACCGUGAAUACUGCAUCAAGAAUGGAAUCUCACGGUGAAGCACUUAAAAUCCACGUCAGCCCAAAAACGAAAGAGGUUUUGGACUUAUACGAUUGCUUUGAUUUGGAAUGCCGAGGAGAAAUCACGAUGAAGGGUAAAGGGAAAAUGACAACAUAUUGGUUGCGAGGCGAGAAGCAUCAAAAUGAAACACAAUACGAGCAGACUAACAAUAGCGAGAAUCCCAUUAUAAAUCCGAGUAUAACCUUUCAAGGGCCCGAUAGUCCUGCGUCCCAUUCCCAACACAGUGACAGCCCCAAACGGAAUGGUACAAAGGAAACAAAGGACAGCGCCAAAAUCGUUGAAAUUUUAAAUGAAAGAGAUCGCAUAAAGCACGAAAUAGCUUCGUUUGUCGCUAAAGAUCUUAUCAACAACAUAGAUAAUGCCGUACGUGAAAUAAAGCUGUCCCAAAGCGCAACUUUUAACACGGCUACAAAUAAAAUGUGUAAUGGAAAUGGAAAAGAGAUGAUAACGCCGACGUAUGAUAAGCAACUCGUAAUCAAUAAAGGGAAAGUGAGAGAUGUUGUUAACAGGUUUAAUAGCUCAUCAAGUGGAAAUAAUUCGAAAACAAAGUAAAAUAAAUAGA